CUUUGCAUCUUUUCAUUCUCUCUAUUUCUCAAAUCUCUCUUUCGUUCACAAGUCACACAAAUCCACCUUUGAUUGUCUUUCUUCGACCAACGCACGAAUGCACAAACACAAAACACACACUCAUGUUGUGAAAGCUUUGUUCAUCACCUAUAGCUUCUUCUGAUUUUCGCUCCAAAAACCCAUUUUUCAAUCUCUCACUCCCCUCUCACAGAUCGCUGUAUCUCUCUCCGACACACGAAAGAAAAAAAGUUUCUGGUUUUCUGGGGCAGGAUUGAAGAUGUGGACUAGUUGCUUUCAGACUUAUGUGUGAGCUGAAUUAUUGUUAACAGUUAUACUGUAAUCGGUAAAUGGGGACCCAAACGAUGGGAUCUCAAGGUGGUGGUAAAGACAGUAAUGGAAAACAGUCACAAGUCCAGCCCCUGGUGCGGCAAAACUCAAUGUACAGUCUCACACUGGAUGAGGUUCAGAAUCAACUGGGUGAUCUAGGGAAGCCGCUAACUAGUAUGAACCUUGAUGAGCUUCUGAAAAAUGUGUGGACUGUUGAGGCUGGCCAGGCAGCUAGUAUGGACAAUGACGGCGCGGCACAGGCCGGUCAAGCUGCUCUGCAGCGUCAGGCGAGUAUGUCACUGACCGGAGCACUGAGCAAGAAGACAGUGGACGAGGUUUGGAGAGACAUCCAACAAAACAAAGUCAUGGAGGAGAAGAGGUUCCGUGACAGACAGCCUACUUUGGGAGAAAUGACUUUGGAGGACUUCUUGGUGAAAGCAGGAGUAGUUACAGAAACAACUUCUAACCAAAAGAACGCCGACGCCGGUAGUGUAUCCACGCCAGCGCCGGCGCCAGCACCAGUACCAGCACCAACGCCAGCACCAGCACAAGUACCGGUACCAGCACCGGCACCAGUACCAGUACCAGUUCCGAUGGAUUCAAACGUGGCAGUACCACCACAGUUUCCUCCACAAGGACAGUGGAUACAGUAUCCACCAGUGCAAUAUCAGCAUCCACAGCAAAGUUUGAUGCAGAUUUAUAUGCCUGGCCAGGGUAUGGCACAACCAAUGCACAUGGGUCCUGGAGGUUCAAUGGAUGUUUCGUUUGCAGAUGGCCAGGUUGCAAUGCAGUCUCCUAUGAUGGGAGCAAUGUCGGAUUCACACACUCCUGGAAGGAAAAGGACCACUCCUGAGGACAUGAUGGAGAAAACUGUUGAGAGGAGACAGAAAAGAAUGAUAAAAAAUCGUGAAUCUGCUGCUCGUUCAAGAGCAAGGAAACAGGCAUACACAAAUGAACUGGAGAACAAAGUCUCGCGUCUAGAAGAGGAAAAUGAAAUGCUGAGGAAACGACAGGAGUUAGAGAAGAUGUUGCCAAGUACACCACCUCCUGAGCCUAAGUAUCAACUUCGCCGAAUAGGAUCAGCUCCAUUCUGAGAUCUGUACCUAGUUGUGUAGAGGUUUUGUAAAUAUAAGUACCAGUGAAUUCUCCUCAUGGAUUACUGUGAGGUUGACUCUGGUAUUUCAGUUGAGUAGUAGUUUAUGAGCUACAUUUCCAUCCAAUGUCUUGUCUUUAAAUUUUCAUUAGGUUCUUUAUAACUCUCAAUGUUCUUUAAGAAAAAGAAAAAAAAAAUGAGAAAUGUUGUAGUUGUACUUUUCACAAUAUAAGCCAUAAUCAUGGCUUCAUGAGUUUACUUUGGCAUCUUUGAGUUAA